GAGUGCGCUCACCCCACCCCUCCCUUCCGCGGUCUCGGCCCCCACCCCGCGGGGCCCAGCCCCAGUCCCAGCCUCCGCCGGGCCUGUCCCGUGCGGGCCCGUGCCGCCUCUCAGCCGGCGACGCCCGGGACCGCCCGCCCGGCCGUCCGCCACCAUGGAGCUGGAGGAUGGUGUGGUGUACCAGGAGGAGCCCGGCGGCUCCGGGGCCGUGAUGUCAGAGCGGGUGUCCGGCCUGGCCGGCUCCAUCUACCGCGAGUUCGAGCGGCUCAUCGGGCGCUACGAUGAGGAGGUGGUCAAGGAGCUGAUGCCACUGGUGGUGGCGGUGCUGGAGAACCUGGACUCGGUGUUCGCGCAGGACCAGGAGCACCAGGUGGAGCUGGAGCUGCUGCGGGACGACAACGAGCAGCUCAUCACCCAGUACGAGCGGGAGAAGGCGCUGCGCAAGCACGCCGAGGAGAAAUUCAUUGAAUUUGAAGAUUCUCAAGAACAGGAAAAAAAGGAUUUACAGACUCGAGUGGAAUCUCUAGAAUCUCAAACAAGACAACUUGAACUCAAAGCAAAAAACUAUGCUGACCAGAUUAGCAGACUUGAAGAAAGAGAAGCUGAACUGAAGAAGGAAUAUAAUGCCUUACAUCAGAGACACACAGAGAUGAUCCAUAAUUAUAUGGAACAUUUAGAAAGAACAAAACUUCAUCAGCUCUCAGGGAGUGAUCAGCUGGAGUCUACAGCUCAUAGUAGAAUUAGAAAAGAACGCCCUAUAUCAUUAGGGAUUUUCCCAUUACCUGCUGGAGAUGGAUUGCUUACUCCUGACACUCAGAAAGGAGGUGAGACUCCAGGAUCAGAGCAAUGGAAAUUUCAGGAAUUAAGUCAACCACGUUCUCAUACCAGCCUAAAGGUCAGCCAUAGUCCUGAACUUCUGAAGGCUAUAGAACAGGAGGAUGAACUUUCUGAUGUUAGCCAAGGUGGAUCUAAAGCUACCACUCCAGCGUCAACAGCAAAUUCAGAUGUGUCAGCAAUUCCUCCUGACACUCCCUUAAAAGAAGAUAAUGAAGGAUUUGUGAAAGGCCCUGAUACACCACAUAAGUCCGAGAUAAACAAACAUAUUGAAAUACAGGUAGCCCAGGAAACUAGAAAUGCAUCUACAGGCUCUGCUGAAAAUGAAGAGAAAUCAGAAGUUCAAGCAAUCAUCGAAUCUACUCCUGAAUUGGAUAUGGACAAAGAUCUCAGUGGAUAUAAAGGUUCAAGCACUCCCACCAAAGGCAUAGAGAACAAAGCUUUUGAUCGCAAUACAGAAUCUCUUUUUGAAGAACUGUCUUCAGCUGGCUCGGGCCUCAUCGGAGAUGUGGACGAAGGAGCAGACUUACUAGGGGAAUAUUCUGACCAUAAUUUCUUUGGAAUGGGUCGUGAAGUUGAGAAUCUCAUACUAGAGAAUACACAACUGCUGGAAACCAAAAAUGCUUUGAAUGUAGUGAAGAAUGAUUUAAUAGCAAAAGUGGAUGAGCUGACCUGUGAGAAAGAUGUGCUACAGGGGGAAUUGGAGGCUGUGAAACAAGCAAAGCUGAAGCUAGAGGAAAAGAACAAAGAACUGGAAGAAGAGCUCAGGAAAGCUCGUGCAGAAGCUGAAGAUGCAAGGCAAAAAGCUAAAGAUGAUGAUGAUAGUGACAUUCCCACAGCCCAAAGGAAGCGGUUUACUAGAGUAGAAAUGGCCCGAGUACUCAUGGAGAGAAACCAAUACAAAGAGAGGCUAAUGGAGCUUCAAGAAGCUGUUCGGUGGACAGAAAUGAUCCGGGCAUCACGAGAAAAUCCAGCCAUGCAAGAAAAAAAAAGGUCAAGCAUUUGGCAGUUUUUCAGCAGACUUUUCAGCUCUUCAAGCAAUACAACAAAGAAGCCGGAACCACCUGUUAAUCUGAAGUACAAUGCACCCACGUCUCAUGUUACUCCUUCUGUUAAGAAAAGAAGCAGCACCUUAUCUCAGCUCCCUGGUGAUAAGUCCAAAGCCUUUGAUUUCCUUAGUGAAGAAACUGAGGCUAGUUUAGCUUCCCGCAGAGAACAAAAGCGAGAACAGUAUCGGCAGGUAAAGGCUCAUGUUCAGAAGGAAGAUGGUAGAGUGCAAGCUUUUGGCUGGAGUCUACCUCAGAAGUACAAGCAGGUAACCAAUGGUCAGGGAGAAAGUAAGAUGAAAAAUUUACCUGUGCCUGUCUAUCUCAGACCUCUAGAUGAAAAAGAUGCAUCCAUGAAGAAGCUGUGGUGUGCUGUUGGAGUCAAUUUGUCUGGUGGCAAGACCAGAGAUGGCGGUUCUGUUGUUGGAGCAAGUGUAUUUUACAAGGACAUUGCUGGUUUGGAUACUGAAGACAGUAAACAGCGAAGUGCAUCUCAGAGUAGUUUAGAUAAGUUGGAUCAGGAACUUAAGGAACAGCAGAAGGAGUUAAAAAAUCAAGAAGAAUUAUCCAGUCAAGUCUGGAUCUGUACCAGCACUCAUUCAGCUACAAAAGUUAUCAUUAUUGAUGCUAUUCAACCUGGCAACAUCCUAGAUAGCUUCACUGUUUGCAACUCUCAUGUUCUGUGCAUUGCAAGUGUCCCAGGAGCACGGGAAACAGACUACCCUGCAGGAGAAGAACUUUCAGAGUCUGGUCAGGUAGACAAAGCAUCAUUGUGUGGAAGUAUGACCAGCAACAGCUCAGCAGAGAUGGACAGCUUGCUGGGAGGCAUCACAGUGGUUGGUUGCUCCACAGAAGGGGUGACAGGAACUGCCACUUCCCCUAGUACCAAUGGUGCUUCUCCUGUGAUGGAAAGACCAUCAGAAGUGGAGGCAGAAAAUAGUGAAGUUGAUGAAAAUGUUCCAACAGCAGAAGAAGCAACUGAAGCUACAGAAGGCAAUGCAGGUGCCACUGAAGACACCGUGGACAUAUCCCAAACUGGUGUGUACACAGAACACGUGUUUACUGAUCCUUUGGGAGUUCAAAUCCCAGAAGACCUCUCCCCAGUGUUUCAGUCAAGUAGUGAUUCAGAUGUGUACAAAGAUCAAAUAUCAGUAUUGCCCAGUGAACAGGACCUGGUGAGAGAGGAAGCCCAGAAAAUGAGUAGUCUUUUACCAACAAUGUGGCUUGGAGCUCAGAAUGGCUGUUUGUAUGUCCAUUCGUCUGUAGCCCAGUGGAGGAAAUGUCUCCAUUCCAUUAAGCUUAAAGACUCGAUUCUCAGUAUUGUACACGUAAAAGGGAUUGUGUUAGUGGCCCUGGCUGAUGGCACCCUUGCAAUCUUUCACAGAGGAGUUGAUGGUCAGUGGGACCUGUCAAACUACCACCUCUUAGACCUUGGACGCCCUCACCAUUCCAUCCGGUGCAUGACUGUGGUUCAUGACAAAGUGUGGUGUGGCUAUAGGAACAAAAUCUAUGUGGUUCAGCCAAAGGCUAUGAAGAUAGAGAAAUCAUUUGAUGCACACCCCAGGAAGGAGAGCCAAGUACGGCAGCUUGCCUGGGUAGGUGAUGGCGUGUGGGUCUCCAUUCGUUUGGAUUCCACACUCCGUCUCUAUCAUGCACACACUUACCAACAUCUACAAGAUGUGGACAUUGAGCCUUAUGUAAGCAAAAUGUUAGGUACUGGGAAACUGGGCUUCUCAUUUGUGAGGAUAACAGCUCUUAUGGUGUCUUGCAAUCGUUUGUGGGUGGGAACAGGAAAUGGUGUCAUUAUCUCCAUCCCAUUGACAGAAACCGUAAUCCUCCACCAGGGACGCUUACUGGGGCUGAGGGCAAAUAAAACCUCAGGAGCACCAGGUAAUCGUCCUGGAAGUGUGAUCCGUGUAUAUGGUGAUGAAAACAGCGAUAAAGUAACUCCAGGGACAUUUAUACCCUACUGUUCAAUGGCACAUGCACAGCUUUGCUUCCAUGGGCACCGGGAUGCUGUGAAAUUCUUUGUUGCAGUCCCAGGUCAAGUCAUUAGUCCACAAAGUGGCAGUAGUGGCACAGAUCUAACAGGUGACAAAACAGGACCAUCUGCACAAGAGCCCAGCAGCCAGACACCCUUGAAGUCUAUGCUUGUCAUCAGUGGAGGAGAAGGCUACAUUGACUUCCGGAUGGGUGAUGAAGGUGGAGAAUCUGAACUCCUUGGAGAGGAUCUUCCACUGGAACCUUCCGUCACCAAAGCAGAAAGGAGUCACUUGAUAGUGUGGCAAGUGAUGUACGGCAGUGAGUAAGCUGUAAGGACAGGUGGAAAUGGGGAGCUGGCUUUUCUGCAUGGCUUAUUUUCCCUUUUCCCCCUUAUUUAAUGCUCUUUUUGUGAAAGACAUUUCACCACAUAAUGUAUGAGCAUUUUUUUCCUGUUAACUUUAUAUUACAAAAUCUGUUCUGUGGUAACAAUACAGAAGAACAAGCUAAUUUACUGCACCAGUGUUAAUAGGCAAUUUCAGUGUAUCAUGAAAAAAUCAAGAAAUGUUUACUUUCUGCAAACUGGUGAAUUAUAGAAAGCCAUCCAGAUGUGGUUUACUCUGCCAUAGUCUAAUGUCACUCACUUCAUUGAUGGAGUCACUUUUUAGCUGUCACUAAUAAUGGAAAAAACUUAAUAGAUGAAACUGUACCAUGAAGUACAAUAGCAGUUUUCCCCAGUGUAUUAUAAAACUGACACACACUAAUAACAGAUGGAUUAUCAGGAUUUAUCUAAAUGUCCCAAGAGGGCUAAAAGCUAACUGUAAAUUGCUUUCACUUUCAAAUCUGAAAAAUCUCGUUUAUAUGCUAUAUGAAACUUUGUUUUCAUCAGAUUGGGGGGGUUUUAUAUUAAAGAAAUUAAGGCUACACUAUUUAAAUAAAAAUUUCUUGUUCAUGUCUCAUUAGAACUCUAAAGUUUAUGAAGCCUGCUUCUCUAAAUAUUCUGGUUUGGAUUUUUUUUUUCCCAAGACCAGUUUUAUUCAUUUUCAUACAUGUUAAAGAAUGUUAUUUAAAGCUUGGGAAAUAUUCUGGGAAGCUUAGAGGACACGUCAGUCCUAGAAGAAUGUUUGAAAAGGAAAUUGUGUUUUGCAUUCCUGUACUAGAGGUUGGUGGUAGUUGACUCAGUUUUUUUCCAUGGAAAAAAUUGUACAUGUUAGCCAAAUAUUCCUGGGCUGCUCUUACCUCUUAAUGAGGGUAAAACUGUAGUGGUCAUGAAUUUGGCCUAAUCAGCUGAAUGCAGAAUGGUUGGGAAAGUUCUUUUGUUUUGUUCUGUAUAAAACUACCAAACCGCUAACACUCACUUGGCAUUUUGGAUGUAAAUAACACAUUUAAGCUUUUACACCCUUGUAAGCUUAAAAUACCAUCUUCAAAGGGAAAUGCUGUGAAGGGAAUAAGACAAAGCCAAGAUUCCGAAUAAGACAGGGUCAACAUUAUAUCUUUUCACUCACAGAAUGUAUUUUACAAAGUGGAUUAGAGUCUAGUUUUAACUAAUAUUCUUUUUAAAAACCACAAUGCUAUAGACUUUUUCCCCUCUCAAGCUUCCUGAAAAUGUAUGAUUUACCAUUUCUUAUCCACUACUCUAAGCAAUGUUAAAUUUAGUUUUAUGUGUUGUUUUUAGGAAACAGGUCUUCCAGUUAUUAGAAGGACCACUUCAAAGACAGAGCAAACACAGGUCUCAUUGUCUAAGCAUUCUUGAGUACCAGGGAUUUUUUUCCAGAUUAUAUACAAAGAUAUCUGUAAAAAAGUGUUAUCAGUGACUUAUGCGUAGACUGUAUGCGUAUGGCUAGACCAUAAAAUACAUGGGACUUAAUGAGCCUGGGAAGCUUUUGCAUCCAUUUGGCCAUACCUGUCAAUCAUCACCUUGGUACAACAUAAAACUGGCCACUGUAUGUUAUAAAAGAAAAACCCUUGUUUUGUAAAAGCUAUAUACAGAAUAAUUUUUUGCUUGAGCUACUUAGUCACUUUCCUUGAGGGCACAAAACCUAUACUACUUCUCCAUAGCUUAUUUGCUAUGUCUUUGUUUUAAAUCUAACUCAUUUUUGUCAAUAUUUUUAAACUAUUAAACAUUUAUUGGAAAUGUAAAAAUUCUUAAGGAGACACCAAAGUGUUUGAGAAUUUUAAUUCCAAGAAGUGUUCCAGAAUCAAACUUCGUUGUCAUUGUUCAGAAGGUUUUUUGUUUUUUGUUUUUUGUUUUUUUUCCCGGUCUUUUAAAGACAGGGUCUCCCUGUAGCCCCAGCUGUCCUGGAACUCGCUAUGUAGACCAGGCUGGCCUUAAACUCACAGAGAUCCGCCUGCCUCUGCCUCCCAAGGGCUGGGAUUAAAGGCGUGCGCCACCACUGUUCAGAAGUUUUUUACAUGCUUGUGUGACUCAGUGUCAUUUAGAAAAUCAGAAGCUAAAGAAACAUGCAAACAUGUUAAAGUGGUUAUAAUUGUUUCUUUUAAGCUUAAUGGCUUUGACUUCACAAAAUAUGGGUGUGUGGUUAUUUUAGCUAAAGACAGAUUUUCUGUGGCCCUGUUAACUAAUUUCAAGAACUAGAAAAGGCAAAAACACCUGUAAAAUUUGUUUUAAAGUCUAUGCUUACAUUUAUAAUGUCAGUUCAAUAUUUCUACAGAUGCUCCUCUUCCUUAUUCACCCUAUAAUACAUUUUUUGUUGUGUGAUGUUUAUUUCCAUCAAAGUAACCUUUGGAAGAACUAUCAGAAUGUAAGCUUCUCACAAACAGCUUAGGGAUGUAUACUGCCAUAGCCACCAAGUCAUGGGCAGAGUGGAGGCUUGAAUGCCUCAGAGGGUGGGCUCCCUAUGUUUAAAAGAUUUAUGGGAAGACAUCAAGGUGCUGAGAAAUGUCACUUUGUUACAUUUAGGUUAUGUAUGAGGCUGAACCAUGUGAAAUGACCAACCUGCAGCCUUUGCUGAGCUAUAAAAAUAGCAGCAGCAUAUGCCUCAGCCUGUCACUAGUAAGUGCAGAUUAAAAUCUCCAUGAGGCAAAGGGAGAAUAUGUUCUAGGAACUCAGUUUUGAGAAUAUUUUUCUCUAACUCAUGAAUCUAAACUGUUAAAAUAGUAAUGAAUCUCUUCAAAGUUGCAGCUUUCUGAGCAUUUAAAACAGAACAUGCAGCACAUGACUUUUCAGAUGAAAUGUGUUUGCAUUGAGAAGGUAAAAUACACUGAGUUAGGCAUUGCUCACUUCCUGGAAAGUGUUCCUAAAUUUGAGAAGAGACCACUUAACAUAUGCUGCCUUUGUAACAAAAUAAGGGAUCUCACAACAUUAACCAUCCUAAAAAGAACGUGUCUUGCAAAUGCCAUGGAAAUGAUUAUUUAUUUCCUAGUGAGUAUUAUGACUGUUACCAAAGGACUCAACCAGAUUUUGGGCUCUUCUCAACUGAUCAUGUUGGGAAAGGGACUCAUUUGGUCCCACUUUGUUACAUGGAAGAGAAGGAAAUAAAAGUAAAUGUUGAAAUCAUAAAUGCUUUUCUAACAGGGUUCUGCUGUUCUGUAACACUCAAUGUCUUUUUCUCUUAAAGUGAAAUUUUAAUAAUUUGUCCUUUAUUUCUCAAUAUUUGAACAUAUUUUAACUGUUUGUUCUAAAUUUGUUUUUGUCCUAGACAUCUUAUCCAGAACUUUAUUUGCCUCGUAAAAUUGGGUUCUAGAGUGUCCCAUUUACUGUCUCUUAGAGGCUGAGGCUUUGUUUCUAUGAGCAAAAAGCUCAUUUAGCAAUGUAGUUAUUUCAGUAUUUAUUUCUAUUAUGGAAUCCCUGGGGUUCAGAAUGUAACUUUGUACAUGAAAUAUAUAUAAAUAUGUAUAUGAAACAUGUA